AGUUCGAAGUUAUCACUCGUCGCAUUAGGUCCGCCGAUUUCCGUCAAAGUGCUUCACGGAGAGGAAAGCGCCAUUUCAAUUUCUGACACGGUGACAAAAAAGCGACUUCCAGAAAUAUUGAAGAGAGAUAAUCUGAAUGUCUACAGCAUCGAUUAUGUGUAUAACGAGACACUCGUGUUUUUUGCUGCUUACGGCAAAAUAUUCAGAGCCACUCUUGAAGGAAGAUCGGCCAUUUCCAACCCUGUAGUGAUUGUUGCCCAUGAGGUAGAAGGCCCCGUUAGACUGGCAGUGGACUGGGUACACAGUAGGUUAUACUGGAUGGCGGACAAAUAUCAAACUGUGAUGUCAGCCGAUCUUCACGGCAAGAACCGCAAAUUGCUUUUUGACAGCAUCAAGAACUUUAGCUUCCCGAACAACAUUGUUGUGGAUCCGUAUGAGAGAAUGAUCUUCUUCGUAAGCAACUACGCCAUUUACACUUCCGAUCUCAGCGGGGAGAACGUCACGAUGGUCCUCCUGGAAGGUAACUAUCCCGGGGAGGUUGGUAGAGGUGUCCGCUGCGUCGCCUUGGACAGAGCCAACCGCAAACUGUACUUCUCAGGCAGGAACUUCGAAGAGGCUGACACCAUGUUCUACCUGGCUAGAGCCAACUACGAUGGUAGCGAGGUGGAAGACUUCAACACCACUGGAGUAGGAGAUGUAUACAGCAUGGAGGUCCUGGGAGACACGCUGUACUUCGCCCAACACACAGAAGAAGUUUGCCACGACGAGGUGUUGUCCGUGAAGACUACAUCGCGGGAAAGGUUCACUCCUAGGAAGAUAUUUGUACCGAGUCUUUGCAAAAGUAACAUGUGGGGCAUCAAGGUACUACAUCCAUGUGUUCAAAGACAUCCAAACGACAAAUACUGCUCCGAUUUUUACAUCUAGUAUCGAACAUAUUUUCAAAAGUUCUGACUUCAAAUACAACAAUAAACAAUUACGUUUUGCAUGUAUUUUCCUAACACUUCUUUGGUGGUAAUUCUGUUGUAGAAGUUUAAUAAGCCAUUAAAUCAAUACACCAAAAUACUUAUUG